CGUCUUUUGCGGAGAUCGUACGUCUGGCGCAAAGCGGGUGACUCCGCGCUUGUCAUGGAAAGGGGAAUUGUUGAAAUGAAAACAUGGGGCGGUGGCGGCGUCUGAGAGCCCUGGCUGCGACGACGGAGGGUAGCCCUGGUCCACAGCCGCUCAGCGGGUCUGAAACGGAUCGGGAAUCGAAAAUAGCAAAAUUGUGGUUGAUAUGUGCAUGUGGAAUUUUCGGCGGGGGUCGCUCUUCCGUUACCCCCGUGACGGUCGCAUGGUAGCUGACUAUUUAGGUCCGGCGCUCGUUUGUCCCUCUCGUCCGCUUUCCCCAUGGAAGACGCUUUCCAGUUCAUCAUCGAGUCCCCCCAGACUACAACGGGGCACAAGAAGCGCCCACGUCUGGUCACAUCUUGCGACAACUGUCGCCUUAAAAAGAUAAAAUGCCUUCAACCUCAUCCCGACUCGAAAUGCGAUGCCUGUAAGGCGGCGAAGAUCCCCUGCAAGUUCAAGGAUCGCGAGCGCUAUUUUGCGGAGCGUAGCAGGGCGAUCGCGGGUCCGAAUGUUGGAACAGCGUUCAAUCCCAUCGAAGAACGCGCUGCGGAAAAUGGCUCUUCCAUGGAUGCCUUCUCUAUAUCCGGGCCUCAGACAUACGCUGGGAGUAGCUCGCGCGCCACCCAUUCCCCCAAGCCAAGCGGUGCAGUCGCAGCCGAAUCUUCCAGUCCGCGCUUCCAGCCAUACCCCAGCACCUAUCAGGCAGGACAUAGACAUUCAACUUCGUCCCCGAUCACCCCCUCGUAUCCGAAUCAGGUACAAGGGGGAUACAACUACGUCGCUCCCACACCAGCCCCCGUCGUUCCGCAGCGUCAGCCAAUCAGUCUAUUCGACCAGGACAACCAGAACUACCCCAACCGCACCCUGAUCACCGAGUUCACGGAAGCCUUCAUACGAAAUCACGUACACCAAUUCCAGUUCGUGAAUUCCAACGACAUCUGGAAGCAGGUCUGGAGCGGUACUCUUCCUGCUCCGUUCGCUAGCUGUAUAGCUGCGCUCGCAUGCAAGCACAGCACGCGCGCCGAUCUCACAUACGGCCGUACCAUCGAGUCCGUCGGCGAGGUGUAUGCUGAAAACGCUAAGAAUAUGCUCGGCAGACGUCCUGCGGCCACGAUGCCCAUGCUUCAUACUCUUAUUCUUCUUGCUUGGGCCGAGCAGCGUUUGAAGAAAGAUGAAGAUGCUCGUAUGCACUAUGACAUGGCUAUGCGAAUGGCCGUCGACCUUGGCAUGACCAACAGCAGCAUUAACUUAAUUGGUGAUCAACGCGACAUCCGCGUCCUUACCUGGUCAAAUCUUGUCGAACUUCAUCACGCUUUAGUUGCGCGCUAGUCCACGUAUAAUCGCACGAUGACGCGCUUCCUCUCGUCGUAAUGCUCUCCCUGCAUUAUCCAAGUCGAACAUGUUGUACACUACCCCCGCAUUUACCUUAAUUAUUGCAAGCUCCGGACUCGUCCCACUGUUCUGCGCGCGCCUUUUGAUAGGGCGCUUUCUUCCUUGACCCCUACACGUUGAUUCUAUUUACUGUAAUCACCUGUAGCUAGCUAGAUCUCCGCCUGAUAUACUUACCUACUGUAAACACAUCGCUCUGUGCUUGCUAUCGAUAAUCUGCUGCGGACGGGUGGUCGAGAACUACCAUACGACACGUAGGUCUAGUGCCACACAUCGAUACACGCUCCUCGGGCAAUAAUACAUUUUGUCGUUCCCC